AUGGCGCAGCAAAACGGCAACGCCGUAGCGGAUUCGCUUGCUGCAGCAGCAGCAGCAACAACAACAGCUGCAGCCAGAGGAGCAGCAGCAGCAGAACAGAGCGCAUCAGCAGCAGCAGCAGAACAGCCCGCAGCAACAGCAGCAGCAGAUCUGCCAGUAGCAGCAGCAGAACCGCCAGCAGCAGCAGCAGCAGCAGAACAAGCCGGAGAAGCACCAGCAGCAUUAGAGCAGCGAGAGGCACGAGCAGCAGCAGCAGCAGCAGCAGCAGAAGAGCCAGCAGCAGCAGCAUCAGCAGCAGCAGCAGCAGACAAAUCCUGGCUGGCUGAUGUGCUAAAGAAAGAAGAAUGGGAAAGUGUGGGGCAGCACAAAGCUCGCCAAGAGUACAUAAAGAAAGUAGUCGCGGAAAUGGAAAGUUCAAAAGAAUUAAAUGAAGACACUGUGCGGCUGCUGUCGAGUUUGUUCUACUCCGUGCGGUACUUGGGGUGUACGUACACCCCAGAACUCGAGGCGCUGCUGCUCAAGUUCGAUUCCAACUUAAAAGCUUUUGUGCAAAAAGAAAGACAAGCAGAAGCAGCAAAGAAGUACAAGGAGCAGCAGCAGCAGCUGCUGCAGUAG